CUUAUCGAUGUUUCGAUAUAGAACUGUGUGUCCGCUCUACCUACCAGCAAAACAACAACAACAAAUCGUAAUAAUAUUAAAAAAGAAUAGGCAGCUAUUGAGGUAGCUGUUGGAACAUAUUUGUUGAAAGCCUCGGCCAGACACAUGUGUGCUGUAUGUUUGUCCGUUCCAUCACGCUUUAUUGUCUCUGCGAUUGCACAAUCCCGCGCCCGUGUGUGUGACCGAGUGCGUGCCUGUGUGCGUAAACAACACCAGUGACCAAGCACGGAUUCAAAAGCGGAAUUGGAUUCAGGCCUGGCUAGCACGCGUGGAGCACGCUUUUGAUGGGCAAUUCGCAAACGAGGCAAGCUAGCAGAGAAGUUGCCGCCGGAUCAGCAGCAGCGGACCAGGCCCAGGAGCACCCAGCUGGAGAGGCCCCAUCUGCCCAGGUGCAAUCGCACACUCAUCCUCGCACUCAGUCCGUGCCCCGUGCGCAGUUAGCUGCCGCCGAGGAGGAGCGCAACCAGCCCCAUCCCCAUCUCCAGCAGCGACAGCAGCAGCAGCUCUCCACCUGGAGUCUGAGCAGUCUCAGCGGUGGUCGGCGCCUCAACUGGAGCUUCUCGGCGGCCAGGAACUCCUUCCGCAACCGGAACAAGACCACACGCAAGAGCUUUACCUCUCUGCAUGGCUCACGGCGCAGCAAGACCCACUGGCACCGCCCGCUGACAAACUCCAUCUUCAGCUCGCACUUCAAGGAGCCCAGUCGCAACGACCAGUUCAACUUUGAUCACCUUGUGGCCAAGGGGUCCUUCGGAGUGGUCUUCAAGGUCUCCAGCAAGCAGGAGCCCGGCCUCCACUACGCGCUGAAAGUCCUCAAGAAGUCCAAGCUCAUCGCGGACAACAGCGUGCGCCAGAUCAAGGACGAAGCUGACAUCCAGAAGGUGUGCGGACACCAUCCGUUUAUAGUGAAACAAGUAGAUCUUUGGCAGGAUCGUCAUCAUCUUCACAUCCUUUCGGAGUAUGUGCCCAAUGGAGAGCUGUUCGCGAAGAUUGGCCGCUUUUCCAUCGAUCUAGUGCGUUUGUACGUGGCCGAGAUCGCCAUAGCUUUGGACUUCCUUCACAACGCCGGGAUCAUCUACCGGGAUGCCAAGCCGGAGAACAUCCUGCUAACGCAACAGUUUCACAUCAAACUCACCGACUUCGGGCUGAGCAAGUGGCUCAAACAGGGGGCCAACACGCGCACCAUGUGCGGCACAUUCAAAUACAUGGCCCCUGAGAUUCUGUGCGGCGAACCCUACGGCCAUGCGGUGGACUGGUGGGCCUUGGGCGUUAUUGCCUGUCAGAUGCUGACGCGAGAGUGCCCCAACAUGAGGCACUAUCUCCUGCAGUGGCGGCGGGGACAGGCGGCGCCCGAGUCGGAGGACGGGCUCUCCAAUGCUCCGUCCAUCGCCCAGAUCAACGGCUGUCUGCAGGACACUGAGGACGAGAGCGAGGAGGACUUCCUGCCGCAGGCGGUGCGCGGCCUCAGCCACGAGGGCCAGGAUGUGAUCCGACAGCUUCUUGCCAUUGAGCCGCGCCAGAGGAUACGCAGUGUGAUGGCGCUCCAGAGGAUCGCCCUCUUCAAGGGCUACAAGGUGACCUCCAAGCACCUCCUCAGCAUUUCACCCCUGGAGAUCAUCGCCAGGGACGGCAUCCGGGUCUUUAAUGACAUCCUGCUCGAUCGGGCAGCCAACGAAAGUGCCAUCCAAGCAUUCCAAAACUUUUAGCUCCAAAGCAGCCCAUUCUGGGCGACAUUAUUGGUAGUUGCAUGAACAGAGUAUUUUUUACAGUGUGCUUUUUGCGUCAUUAAAGUUGCUUAGCAAAUUUCCCGAAA